UUUCGUAUAUGUCGGUUUGUGAGUCAUCCUUGUUUUUUUUUUCUGAAUGACAACUUGACAAAACAGGGUAUUGUAAGAACAGCAUGGAUAUACUGGGCAUUGUGGACAUCAAUGGUUGGAUUUUACUCAUCGUUUUUCUACUGCUUGCUGUUUACUUAUACUUGAAAUGGAAGUUUGGACUAUGGCGUCGUCUUGGAGUUCCUUCUCCUAAUUAUCUCCCUUACGUUGGAGCGAUUAGGGAGAUUAGGAAAUUGGGAUUGCAUGGACUAGACAUGAAACUGGUGAAGUCAUAUGGGAAAAUUGUUGGAACCUAUCUAGGAGGUUUCCCAUCACUUCUUAUAGCAGACCCGGAUAUCAUAAAGACCAUUUUGGUGAAAGACUUUUCCAAGACUCCAAACAGAUAUGAAUUUUCCAGAACUAAAAGUGAAUUGCAACAUGGAUUGACGGUUGUGGAAGAUGACCACUGGCGAUUUAUAAGAAAUACACUUCUCCCGACGUUUUCAAGUGGAAAAAUGAGAAGGAUGGGUCCACUUCUAAGAAAGAAGUAUGAGAUGCUAUUAAAGGUUUUGAAAAAAGAGGCCAACGAAGGAAACACUAUUGAAUUCAAAGAAGUAUUUGACAGAUACACCAUGGAUGUUAUAGCUUCACUUGGAUUUGGGAUGGACACUGAAUCUCAAACCAAUCCCGAUAAUACAUUUCUGAAACAUGCCAAAGAAUUGUUCAGUUUUAAAUUUACUCCUCUCAUAUUUCUCAUAAUGAUAUUUCCAAAACUCGACGAGGUACUCAACUUCUUCAACAUAUCUCCGUUGAAUAAUAGAAGACUCAUGAACUUUUUUAAGUCGGCGGUUCAUCGGGCCAUCAAAAUGAGAGAUGAAGGAGAUAAGAACAGGACGGAUUUGCUACAACUGAUGCUAAAUGCCCACAAGGACACGGAUAAAAACGAGAUAGAGGAUGAACACAGCUACGAAGGAGACCCCAAAAAAUGGAAAAAACGAGGUUUGACUGUGGACGAAGUGACUGGGAACGCGAUACUCUUUCUCCUCGCGGGUUUUGACACAACAGCCAGCAACAUGACAUUCAUGUCGUACUGUUUGGCAACCAAUCCAGAAAUCCAGGAAAAACUUAUUGAGAAAAUCGAUUGUGUUUUAGGAAACGAACUACCUACUUACGACAACGUACAAAAGGUUGAUUACCUGGAAUGGGUAUUCAGUGAGACGCUAAGAUUUUAUUCUCCUGCUAUAAGAACUAACCGAAAGAGCGAGAGGGAGAUGGACAUAGCUGGUUAUAAGAUACCAAAGGAUGUGGACCUGUCGUUUGCGAUUUAUGCAGUACACAGAGACCCUGAAUACUGGCCGGACCCCGACAAAUAUGAUCCUGAAAGAUUUUCUCCUGAAAACAAAGCUAAUCGUCAUCCAUACGCCUAUCUUCCGUUUGGUCACGGUCCCAGAAACUGUAUAGGACAACGUCUCGCCGCCAUGGAGGCUAAAUGCGCCAUUGUGUACAUACUUCAACACUAUCGUUUUGUUACUUGUGACGAAACCGAGUCUCCAUUGAAAUACUUGAGAUGGAAGUUUGGACUAUGGCGUCGUCUUGGAGUUCCUUCUCCUAAUUAUCUCCCUUACGUUGGAGCGAUGAAGGAAAUUACGAAAGUGGGAUUGCCUGAUCUAGACGUUAAACUGGUCAAGACCUACGGUAAAGUUUUUGGACUCUAUUUUGGAGGUGCGCCAUCACUUACGAUAGCAGAUCCUGAUAUCAUAAAGACCGUUUUAGUGAAAGAUUUUUCCAAGGCUCCAAACAGAUAUGAAUUUUCUAAAAAUAAAAGUGAAUUGCAACAUGGUUUAACCAUUGUAGAAGAUGAUCACUGGAGAUUUAUGAGAAACACACUUCUCCCGACGUUUUCAAGUGGAAAAAUGAGAAAAAUGGAUCCUCUUUUAAGAAAGAAGUACGAGUCGUUAUUGCAGAUUUUGAAAAAAGAGGCCGACGAAGGAAACACUGUUGAAUUUAAAGAGGUGUUCGGUAGAUACACCAUGGAUGUUAUAGCUUCACUUGGGUUUGGGAUGGACACUGAUUCUCAAACAAACCCGGACAGUACAUUUGUGAAAUACGCCAAAGAACUGUUCAAAUUUAAUUUUAACCUUCUCAUGUUUUGUAUAAUAAUAUUUCCGAAACUGGACGUGGUAUUGAACUACUUCAACAUAUCACCGCUGAAUAACCGAAAAGUCAUGAACUUUUUCAAAUCGGCAGUCCAUCAGGCCAUCGAAAUGCGAGAUGAAGGAGAUAAGAAUAGAAAAGAUUUGCUUCAACUGAUGCUAAAUGCCCACAAGGACACGGAUAAAAACGAGAUAGAGGAUGAACACAGCUACGAAGGAGACCCCCAAAAAUGGAAAAAACGAGGUUUGACUGAGGAUGAAGUGACUGGAAAUUCAAUACUCUUUCUCCUCGCGGGUUUUGACACAACAGCCAGCACCAUGACAUUUAUGGCCUACAGCUUGGCGACCAAUCCAGAAAUUCAGGAAAAGCUUAUUGACGAAGUUGACUCGAUUCUAGGAAAAGAACUGCCAACAUAUGACAAUGUAUUGAAGGUUGACUACCUGGACUGGGUAUUCAGUGAGACACUGAGAUUCUAUCCGCCUGCCGUAAGGUUAAAUCGGAAAAGCAAGACGGAGAUUGAUAUAGGUGGUUAUAAGAUACCUAAGGACAUGGACCUGUCGUUUGCAAUUUAUGCUGUACACAGAGACCCUGAAUAUUGGCCGGACCCCGACAGAUUUGACCCGGAAAGGUAA